CUAAAACUAAUUACGCCCUAAAUCUUCCAAAACCCUCCCAAAACCAACCGAUUGCAGAGAGAAAUCCAAUAUUUACUAUCCAUCCAAACGACAGAUUUCACUCUCCUCUCCUCUCAUCUCUCGACGACUCUACCAGGUGCCUGAGCCCUCACUCUUAUCUCUCGCCGUCUUCCACCACCUACCACCGGCGCCUCUCACUCUCGUCUCUCGCCUCCCAGGACCCAAUCAAUAUAUUUCUGCAUGUUUGGCAGAAGAUCUACCAUAGAUUUUGUCCCAGAUUUGAAACUUAGAAUCAAAACUAAAAAGGAAGUUCAAUUGUGAAGUCUAGGGUGCUUUGUUUGACUCGAAAUUAGCUCCAUCAACCAGGAAUGCCUUUAACUAGGCUUUAGCCAUCAGCUUCCUCAAGUUAGCAAUUAUGGAUGAAGUAAUACAAGUCGACAGAAAUUUCCCCUUGUUUUCUAGGAAAAAACCAACUGCUACCUCAACCAAAAAUUCCCUACCUUCCGGUGAAACGGAUGUUCCUGCUGCACCAAAAUCAGUCAUAAAAGAAUCAGACCCUGCACCUGCUGCCCCAAAAUCAGUCGUAAAAGAAUCAGACUCCAAUCCAACUCCUGCUCAUGUAACUUUCUUAAACCUUGGCCUGGACAAAUGGGUCGUUGAUACUUGCAAGGAGCUGGGCAUGAAGCAACCCACUCCGGUCCAACGUCACUGCAUUCCUAAAAUACUAGCUGGGCAGGAUGUCCUUGGCCUGGCCCAGACAGGAAGUGGCAAAACGGCAGCUUUUGCUCUACCCAUUCUUCAACGCUUGUCUAAGGAUCCAUAUGGGGUCUUUGCUCUGGUGUUGACUCCUACACGAGAGCUCGCAUACCAGUUGGCCGAGCAAUUUCGGGCUUUCGGGGCAGGUGUGAACCUGCGAUGCACUGUGAUCGUGGGUGGCAUGGACAUGAUAAACCAGGCACAGACUCUAAUGCAGAGGCCUCAUGUGGUGAUUGCCACUCCUGGCAGGAUUAAGGUUCUUAUUGAAGAGAAUCCUGAUAUUUCUUCUGUUUUCACGAAAACCAAGUUUCUAGUUUUGGAUGAAGCAGACAGAGUUCUUGAUGUUGGCUUUGAAACAGACUUGAGAGUUAUCUUCCAGUGCUUUCCCAAGAAUCGACAAACAUUACUAUUUUCUGCUACCAUGACAAGUAAUUUACAAACAUUGCUCGAGCUUUCUGCAAAUAAGGCAUAUUUCUACGAGGCAUAUGAAGGUUUCAAGACAGUAGAGUCUCUGAAACAGCAGUAUCUUUUUAUCCCCAAAAAUGUGAAGGAUGUAUAUCUUUUGCACAUUCUGACCAAAAUGGAAGAAAUGGAGAUUCGAUCUGCUAUAAUUUUUGUUUCCACCUGCAGGAGUUGCGAGCUCUUGUCUUUGUUGCUGGAAGAACUCGAAGUGGAAGUUGCAGCAUUGCAUUCUUUCAAAUCCCAGUCUCUGAGGCUCUCUGCGUUGCAUAAAUUCAAAUCUGGUCAAGUCCCUGUAUUGCUAGCCACGGAUGUUGCCAGUCGUGGUUUAGAUAUCCCAACAGUCGAUCUGGUCAUAAACUAUGAUAUACCUAAGUAUGCUCGGGAUUAUGUUCACCGUGUUGGGCGUACUGCAAGAGCUGGAAGAGGAGGCCUGGCUGUUAGCUUUGUCACCCAGAACGAGGUGGAUCUUAUACAUGAAAUAGAAGCUGUUCUUGGAAAGCAAUUGGACGAGUUUGAGUGUAAAGAAAAAGAAGUGCUUGAUAAUAAUAUUACACGGGUUUUCAAAGCCAGGCGCAUAGCGACAAUGAAAAUGAUGGAUGAGGGCUUUGAUGAGAAAGCCCAAGCACGAAAAGCUCAGAAAUUGAAGACAUUAGCAGAAAAAGGCUUAUUGAAGAAAAAAGGCAAAAAACGUAAAAGAGAAGUUAAAGAAGGAAAAAACUAAGUUAUGUGGCUUAUAUCCACCAUUCUUGUCAACUAGAAGAGAAGCAAUACCAUGCUCUAGUUUUGUUUAUUUGAUUAUUUUGCUAGGAAAUUUUGAUUCUACUUCUUUACGCUGAAAAGUUAAUAUGUACAAGCAUGCGACUGGAUUAUAUUGUUUUUGAAUAUGUUGAGAUACUCAUUUUUCCCCAUAAUGGUUCUGGUACUGCACUGCACAGUUGGCCGA